AUGGAUCAGUAUGGCGUAGACGGAGACGAGUUAGAAGAACUUCAUCUCUGCGAUUUUUCGAUCAUUUUUGCAGUAUCAAUAGCAGUAUGCUGUGCUGUUGAAGAUAAAAAAGAAAAGAGGGGUUUGUUGGGCCUGGGAAAUUCUUACUUUGAAGGACACGGUGAAAGUUAUGGUUAUGGCGACUACUCAGCACCCAUAUUAUCAAAAUCAAUCAUCUCUGCACCUUUGAUUUCUAAAUCGUAUCUCUCAGCUCCAAUCUCCUACUCAGCUCCAAUUAUAUCCAAACCAAUAUCUUACGCUGCUCCUAUUUUAACCAAAUCCUAUGCAGCUCCUUUGAUUUCUGCUCCUCUUCUGACCAAGUCCGUAUCUUAUGCUGCUCCUAUUUCCUAUCCAUCUUCUUUUGCCCAUGCCCCCAUUUCAUAUGCUGCCCCUAUUGCAGCUCCUAUUUCAUAUGCUGCCCCUAUUGCACAUCCAGCUCCUAUAUCGUAUUCAGCUCCUUUAUCAUAUGGAUAUGGUUCAGGCUUAGGUUUAGGUUAUGGGAAAUUUAUCCAUUAA